UGGGGGCCGCCUGAGGCUGAGCUUCCCUCUCUCGGAGGCGUCGCCUCUUCAGCGUGCCCCAAGUUAGCCUUGAAAUUGCUUAAGAAGCCGCAGCGUGCCGGCAGGCUCAGAGCCGGGCUCCAGGUAGCGGUACCGCCGCCGUCCAGGCUGGGUCCUCUCCGAGGGGCUGGACGUACCUCUGUGCCCACGGAGAAGGUGCACCGGUGAGCCUGUGGUUGAAGGGCCAUCUUCCACGGAGUCUGGACUACCCUGCUGAUUUUUCGGAGUUGAGGUAAUGGCUGAAGUUGGUCGGUGGGAGAUGGCUGGAGGCCCAGAGCAUGGUCUGAGGGUUGCGCAGCGUCUAUGAUCUGACCCGCAGCCUCUGCCUUUGCUGGGACCACCAGGAUGGGCAACAGUGGCUCAGCCGUGAAGGUCUGCACAGAUCACCAAGGAGGCAUCAACUGGCUGAGCCUGAGCCCGGACGGGCAGCGCUUGCUCACCGGUAGUGAGGAUGGCACUGCGCGGCUCUGGAGCACUGCCGACAGCCAGUGCCAUGGCCACUUCCAAGGACAUGAAAGUUACAUCACCUUUUGCCACUUAGAAAAUGAGGCUGCCUUCACAUGUAGUGCAGAUCAUACCAUUCGAAAGUGGGAUGUGAUGACAGGUCAGUGCCUGGCCAUUUACCGAGGACACACAUCAAUUGUUAACAGGAUCCUGGUUGCCAAAGACUAUCUCUUCAGUGGCUCCUAUGAUAGGACGGCCCGCUGUUGGAGCGUGGACAAGGAGAAACAAAUCCAGGAAUUCCGGGGCCAUCGGAACUGUGUCCUGACUCUAGCUCACUAUUCCUCCAGGGAUGUUCUUGAAGAAGAGGAGGAGGAAGAGGAGGAGGAGGAAAGAGUGAGCAGAGACCUCCUGGUGACAGGUAGCACAGACUGCACUGUUAAAGUCUGGUGGGUGUCCAGUGGGCGCUGUUACCAGACUCUGCUGGGACACACUGGGGCUGUCUUAUGCCUUAUACUUGACGCACCAAACAGGGAGCUGUUUUCUGGCAGCACGGAUUAUACCAUUCGAACGUGGAAUAUUGUCACUGGUGAGCAGUUGAAAGUGUUCAAAGAGCAUCAAGGAUCAGUAAUUUGCCUAGAGCUAGUGAAUCGGCACUUGUAUUCGGGAAGCGCGGACAGGACAGUGAAGUGCUGGUUAGUAGACACUGGGGAGCGAAUCCAAACGUACAAGGCUCACAAACACAGCGUUAGCACUUUGAAAUACCACGCUGGGAUCUUGUUCACAGGAAGUGGUGAUGCCUGUGCAAGAGCUUUCAAUUCCAAGAGUGGUGUCCUGCAGAAGAUCUUCCGAGGACACAAGUUCAUCAUCAACUGCAUCCAGAUCCACAAUGAGUUGCUCUACACAGCUUCCCAUGACGGCACACUAAGGAUUUGGGACAUCCGGGGAAUAUGUAAGAGAAAUAAGCGGCGUUUGAAGAAGGAGAGAUCUGCCCAGGGCAGGAGCUCUCAGAAGGGAAGUCUGUCUCGUCUGUUCAACAAUAAAGUUGGCUGUAUGGUACAGCAAGAAAAUGGGGAACACGAGGCUGUUGAACUAAUGUGACUGUCGAGAACAGACUUCCCAUCAGUGACCAAAGCUGAACCUUUUGUUUUCUGCACCACUGUGUCCACAUAAACCAGAACUUGGAAAGAGAUGGGAAAUGUCUUUGCUUGAACCUCUUUUUCAGGAGCCAGGAUUCUCUCUGUCAGAUGGACUUGUCAGAUAUUGUUGCUGCAGAUGACUCUCAGCUGAGCAGCACUGCGGUCAGGAGGGAGGGCAGUGUGGUUCAGGUGAUGCACCUCUGUGUGUGUGUGUGUGUAAUUAAGAACCUUACUUACGACUGCUUGUUUUCAAUUCCCUCUGGCACAGAUGUGUUGCACACUUCUGCCAGUCUGCUAUCUAAUGAGAAAUGUUUUCUCCCUUUGUUUGGCCAAAUGUAGAAAUGAAAGGUGCCCUGCAGUACAACUGCGAAUUCAGUUUUCACAGCUGAUGCUUCGGGUCAGUUUUUUGCUGAUCAGACCAACUGACGCAGGAUGGUAUGGCUCAGCAGGAGGAGUUUAAAGCAGACUGGACACCCCUCUGGGAAGUUGGGAGUAGUAGGACAGAAAUUAAUUUUUUUUUUUUAACAAAACAUAAGCUAGAGACCAAUCUAAACCUCAGACCUUUGGUACGAAGGUCAGCUGUCUACCAAGGCACAACAGUUGUUGUCCUCCCAACAACCUAGCAGGUUCUUUUUUUACUUUUUACAAUCUCGUGUUUAGCAAAGGAAGCAUCAAUGGCCUCACACAUGUCUUCUGUGUGC